GGUAUUUCAUCAGUAAACAUCCUGCUGGUUUGAACGCGCGGUUUGGGCGGCCGGAAGGGGCGCUGCCGCCAUCUUGUUUGUUUUAGUGCCGCUGGCGGCUGGCGAGAGAAGAGACGAGAGGGCCACGGAGCGGCGGCGGAGGAGGCCUCAGCAGGGACCCGGGCCCAGCACACAGUGGUUUGCACUAGCGCUGGAAAAUGUUUUACGCACACUUUGUUCUGAGCAAGAGGGGGCCGCUGGCCAAAAUCUGGCUGGCGGCCCACUGGGACAAGAAGCUGACAAAAGCCCAUGUGUUUGAGUGCAACUUGGAGAGCAGUGUGGAAAGCAUCAUCUCCCCUAAGGUGAAGAUGGCUUUACGUACUUCCGGCCAUCUUCUCUUGGGCGUGGUAAGAAUCUACCACAGAAAAGCAAAGUACCUUCUUGCUGACUGCAAUGAAGCUUUUAUUAAAAUAAAGAUGGCUUUUCGGCCUGGGGUUGUGGAUUUACCGGAGGAAAACAGAGAAGCCGCUUAUAAUGCUAUAACACUGCCUGAAGAGUUCCAUGAUUUUGACCAACCCUUGCCAGAUCUUGAUGACAUUGACGUGGCCCAGCAGUUCAGCUUGAACCAAAGUCGAGUGGAGGAGAUCACUAUGAGGGAAGAGGUUGGAAACAUCAACAUCCUGCAAGAUAAUGACUUUGGUGACUUUGGUAUGGAUGACCGAGAGAUGAUGCGGGAAGGCAGCGCAUUUGAAGACGACAUGUUGGUCAGUGCCAGUGCCACCAAUCUCCUUCUGGAGCCCGAGCAGAACGCCAGUCAGCUGACUGAGAAGAGCAACCACCUGGAGUACGACGAGCAGUACAAAGAUGACAAUUUUGGUGAAGGAAAUGAUGGUGGCAUUUUAGAUGACAAACUGUUAAGCAAUGAUGGAGGAGGCAUAUUCGAUGACCCACCUGCCAUUCCGGUCGAAGGUGUGGCAAUGCCAGAGCAGCCUGCCCACGACGACGACCUGGAUGAUGAUAAUGUAUCUAGUGGCUACUGUCCCUUGGGUGGAGCCGAUAGCCCAGAUUCAGUAGAUCCAGUGGAACCCCUUCCCACCAUGACUGAUCAGACCACAUUGGUUCCCAAUGAAGAGGAAGCUUUUGCUCUUGAGCCUAUUGACAUUACAGUCAAGGAAACGAAAGCCAAGAGGAAGAGGAAGCUGAUCGUGGACAGUGUGAAGGAGUUGGACAGCAAAACUAUUCGCGCCCAGCUGAGUGACUACUCCGACAUCGUCACCACUCUGGACCUGGCACCUCCCACAAAGAAACUGAUGAUGUGGAAGGAGACUGGUGGGGUGGAGAAGCUCUUCUCUCUGCCCGCUCAACCUCUGUGGAACAUCAGGCUCCUGAAGCUGUUCACACGAUGCCUCACGCCCGUAGUUCCUGAUGAGCUCAGAAAGAGGAGGAAAGGUGGCGAGGCAGACAACUUGGACGAGUUCCUUAAGGAGUUUGAGAAUCCUGAAGUUCCAAGAGAGGAAGUGAGGCAGCAAGAUGUAAUUGAUCAGCCCAUCUUGGAAGAAGCUAGCAGACUCCAGGAGUCCUUGAUGGAAGGUAGCAGGACUCAGCUGGAUGAAACGGUGAUGCCGCCACCCCAGCAGCAAGGGGUGAAACGCGACUCCCAGCAAAUGGAGCCAGAGCCCCUGAUUCCACAAGAACCGGAGCCUCAGAUAGAAAUGCCACCGGUGGAGCUUCCCCCAGAGGAGCCUCCAAACCUCAACGACCUGAUCCCAGAGUUAAACCUUAUACCUGAAAAGGAGAAGGAAAAAGAUGAGGAGGAAGAGGAGGAGGAGGAGGAUACAACAGGGACUGAGCAGGACCAGGAGGAGAGACGGUGGAACAAGAGAACUCAGCAGAUGCUGCACGGUCUUCAGAGAGUGCUCGCCAGGACAGGUGCCGAAUCAAUCAGCCUGCUUGAGCUGUGCCGGAACACCAACCGAAAGCAAGCCGCAGCCAAGUUCUACAGCUUCCUUGUCCUUAAAAAGCAACAGGCCAUCGAGCUUACCCAAGAGGAACCCUACAGCGACAUCAUUGCCACGCCAGGACCAAGAUUUCACGUGGUGUGAGCCGCCGCCGCUUCCUAAGCUAGUGACCUCACAACACGUAUGAACCUCUAUGCCGGAGCUUGCAUGGCAGUGCAAUGUGGUAACGGCUUUCCCCUCCCCGAAACACCAUGCUGGUCGAGUGUCAUGUUGGUGACUGCGCCCUUGGCUUUUAUAUGUCUUGAUUGUUUUAAUAUGUACAAAGUUUUAUCUUGUUUGUAUGUCCCCCCUUCCCUAUAAUAUAACAUCUAUAUUUUUAUGGGUUAUAAAUGUGGAUGGGGCCCGAGUGUAAUUUUUGUUUUGAAAUUUUUUUAUUUUUUUUGUUUCAAUAGUCUAAAAGACUCAUUACAACUUCUUGGGAGUAAAAUUGCUGGAUAAGGAGCAUGUGCUACGAUUUCCAGGCAGUUGUGUGCAGUAUCGAGAACCACAUAACCCUACACACUUUGUUUUUAAAUUGUUGCCUUUUAAUAGUUUUACAUCACAGCUGACCCUUCUGUGGAAGUACAGUGUGUCCUUAUUCCUCCCAAAUUACAGCAGUAGUAGAUUAGUUGUAGCUUAAUUUUUGCUUUUGCCAGCUUUUAAAAAGUUCAGUGGUUCUGUUGAAUGGAAGUUUUAAGCUUUUAACCAUCUGUAUAUAAACAAAAAAAAAAAAUAUUGGCUUAAAACAGAACCAAUGACGGUCUGCUAGAGUUUUGUUUUUAAUCGCAAGCUAGUGAAAACAUCUGUGUAGGCGGAGCCUAUCGAUGAGUAAUAGAAGUGCCAGCUUCAAGAACCUAUAAGUCAGACCUCGCAUGUUAAUUGUACGGUAGAGGGGAAAUGCUUACUAACAUCCUUAGUUGGCAACUGGAUUCAUUUUUGUGGUUUUAGAAUUGCCCAAAUACAGAGUGGUAGGCGCCAGCUCAGUGAUUGUGUGUGUUAAUUAGAUUACGGUUGAUUCUAUAUCGGAGUGGGAGAAGGUACCUUCUGACGUACCUAGGGAAGGAGACCCGCCGCCAGGGGGAGGAGCUACAGCCGAACAAGGUACCCGAAAAGUACCCUCGCGGGCUCUCUUCGCUCGCCACCCUUCGGGCAUGGUGGCUUGCUUCGCUCGCCAUCUAAUUACUAAAGGUAAUAGUUGGUGGCGUGGAUACUAGAGCAACUGUCCCGCUGGUGUAGCUCCUCCCCCUUAUGUUGUAGCUCCUCCCCCUGACGGAAAAGGACCCUUUGGCCACUUGGAUCUAGCCUCAAUCAUUAGAUUACACUAUAUACACACACAUCGAUGGUCGGGUGGCAGCUAACUUAUCCACCAGAGAAGAGGUGGACAAAUGGAGUAUGUGACCCACAGCUAAAUAGUGAGCUGCAUACCAAAGGGAGACUUUUAGGAGUUAAUCCGCUUUAAACUCUAUAGUCUCCAGACAUCCUCUAAUGCAGUACAUCAAAUACUUCCUGCAGGUGUCGUCGCACAGAAUAUGAGCAAUGCAUCUAGGGAUACUGGAUGUAAAUCAAUCCAUGUUAUAGCACGCAGUCAGACCAGUAAAUCUGUAACCUGGACAGCAGUACGUAUAUACAGAUUCUGUUUUCACCGCUCUAUAUGUGCUCCCUGACAGUUCUGUGUGACCUACGUCUGCAGGAAAGGCUACACCUGUGGUUUGUGUAUUGCAUUAUUCAGCAGGAGGUCAGCUGACCGUAAGUAUUAGUAUGCAUCACUUUUAAAACAAUAUCACGUUAUAGGGCACCUGUCCAAUACACAUCUUGCUCUAUUUUGUUUGCUGAACUGGUAGUCGGGAGAACACGAUCCUGUAUCAGACACGAGUGGUUGUUGCCGCUGGCUUCUGGCAGAUCAGUUGGCUGCGUUCCCUGGCGUUCUGGUGCAGCCCACAAAAUGCUCCGUGUGUGAAACGGGUCUGCUUCAAAUGUUGAAUCAAUAGGAAACUAUUAAUCUUGGUACAUAGCCAACAUUACGUCUGGCCAGGCUUGUUGCAUUGUUUGUUUUUUAACAUCGACUUUUUAUUCUACUUUUUGUAGUAGCGAAUGUAAAAUAUCCCUGUAAAUAUUGACACAUUUUAGUAUAUUAAGUCAUUAAAAUAAAAAACAAAUUCUCUGUAAAAAAAUUUUUAUUUUUGUCUGCCCAUUGGUAAGCCUUCAUUUAAAAAUACAUGUUCCUUAUGGUGUUGUGGAUUAUAGCUUUAGUGACUAUCUAGAUAUCCACACUAGUUUCUUAAACCCUUCAGGCUUUCCUCAAUAUCCACGUGUACAUGUCUGUAGACGUUACUCCGCAACCUACCAUAGUGGCCCCGUUUUCCUCCGCUCAUGCCAAAUGGUUUUGAAAGAAAACUGAUCUGUGUCCAUGUAAGAGGUACAGGUGGGAAACUGUUCUGCAGUAUGUGUAGCUAUGGGACCCUGAGUACCGUGUUUCUGCAUCGGGCUGAAUGUGAUGUGUCUGAUCUUGUAAACAAUUUCCAGUAACUUCCCAGUGGCGGCUUUAUCUUCCAGCUGGCCAUAUACAUUUACUGCAGCCAAGGGGAACUCUAGAGCCCCAGAAAGAAAAUAGAAUGAUGGUUAAGAUAGAAAUUACUGGCUAUUAUUUAGCAUCUCGAAUGAUCAUUGUAAUACAGCCAUCACAUCAUGACAUUACGGCUUGUUCAAUUGGAUCUCCAGUGUUCUAUGAACACUAUUGCCAGUUAAGACUGUUUGACAAAAGCUGCCUCAUCAAGGUAGGAUACCAGAGUAUGGGAGAUAAACAUAUUGAUCAAGUUGCCGCUUCUUCUGUGUUUAGAGUUGGCUAAUUACAGAAAGUUUAAUUUGUGUCUGCGUCUUUCUGGUCCUGCAGAUACGUCAUGGGAUUGUAUUGUAUAGGAGAUAGUGGGCUUCACAGUGUGUAAGUAUAGUGUCUGUAAGACACGUCCUGGGCAUGGUCCUAACUAGAAGAGGCUUCUCUAACCUAGUGGUCAUAUUGGAGCUGGUUGCAGGACUAAAUGUCGGUAUCCUACGUGAAAUCAGGUCUUAUGGGAGCCUUCGAUGUGUUGGCUACAUUUCAUACCUCAAUACUGCACACUUCUGUUUUGGAAGCUCCCCCCUCCUCAAACCCCCCCCUGUAUUGUGAAGGACUAAUAUAUUUUCAAGAUUUCCAUAGUUCUCCCUGUAUUGUCGCCUUUGACUCACUCUGUACAGUCACCUGUUUUUCUCAGUAUCCUAGUUUAUUCAUAUCAGCCACCAAAAUAAAUCUUCAAUUGUUUAAAAUAUUCACAUUGUGCUUAUUUUUAUUUACAAUUUGUUUUUAUAUUUUUAUUUUAUUUUUUCUUAUGAAAAAAAUCACCCUUCUAACAUUCAAUGUGGCUCCCCAACUUAAUUUAUAUUUUCCAGUUAUAUAUACAAAAUACUCUUUGAUCAUAGUGUAAAGUAAAAGAAUGAGAGCUUUAAGCACGCAUCUCUAUUUUCUAUUUGACGUGCCUCAAAAACAAGAACCCAACCCUACCCCCCUCCUCCUUGUAUAAAGAGAGAUUGUAGAUAAACCUGGAUGUUCUUAAUUAUAGAAAUCUGUUACUUGUUAAACAUUUUAGUCUGUUUUCAUUGCUUCUUGAGAUAUUGGUUUAUGAAAAUAGUUGAUAUGCUGUGUUUAUGUAUAACUUUUCUAAUAAAAGUCUUAAUCUAAA